AUGACUAAAACCAGCAAGCGCAAAGCUUCCACGUCAGUGUCCCGAAAUCGUCCAGAAAAAAAAGCAAAAAAAAUUCGGCGACAAGAACAAGCCGCUGACAACGAUAAUGAUGAAUCGUUGAAUAUUCAUCGUUUAGGUCCAGCACCUAUUUCGACUUCGUCAUUAGUUCAACGUUUACCAUCAACACGAACGUCGGAUGCCAUUCAGUCAAUGAAAACUGUUUGGGUCAAUAAACAACGUGUUCUGAUAUUUUCAUCACGUGGAAUAUCUUAUUUGGCACGCCAUGUUAUGAAAAAUCUUCGUUCAUUAAUGGCACACGCAAAAAGUGAACCAAAAGCUGAAUUACGUAAAAAUUUCUCUGUUCUCAAUGAAAUAGCUGAACUACGUAAUUGUAACAAGGUUAUGUUUUUCGAUAUGAAAAAGAAACGUGAUCUCUACCUAUGGAUUGCAGCAGUGCCCGAUGGACCAACGGUGAAAUUUUUGGUCGAGAAUUUACACACAAUGGAAGGAUUGAAACUAACUGGUAAUUGUUUACGUGGUUCCAGACCAUUGUUGUCAUUUGAUAAGAAAUUCGACGAAGAACCACAUUGGAAAUUGAUUAAAGAGUUGUUCACACAAGUGUUUGGUACACCGAAAUCGCAUCCGAAAUCUCAACCAUUUAUUGAUCAUGUGUUAACAUUCACAAUCAUCGAUAAUAAAAUCUGGUUGAGAAAUUAUCAGAUAGUGGAAGAAAAUGGGUCUUUAGCUGAAAUUGGUCCAAGAUUUGUUCUUAAUUUACAUUGUAUUUUCGAGAAAAGCUUUUCCGGAAUGUUAAUCUAUGAAAAUCCAACAUACGUCGCGCCAAAUUUGAAACGCCAUAUCGCGAAAGCAGAAGCAUCUGAGAAAUAUCGACAACGUGUUCAGCAGAAAUUGUCGUACGAACAAAAGAAGCCAAAAGAAAGCUUUCCAUACGACAAGACCGAUGAAAUUUUUCAAACACCAGCUCCACCAUCGCAAAACAACGAUGAUGAUGAUGAUGACGAUGAUGAUGACGAUGACGAUUCGGAAUAG